AUGGCGCAGAUCAUACAGUUCUUGGACCUAGAUCCCGUGCCGAGGAGCGACAGCCGAACGCUUCGACGACCGUGGGCCAGCUACUGGCCUCCACAGAGAGGAAGCCCGGUUUAUGACUGGUUUACGUCGGAGUUUCCAGCAGUGCUGACGUACAGGUUUAAUCCAGAAAGGCCGUUCGAUCGACCAUUUAAAGAAUGGACCCGAACAGCCCGUGAGAUGGGAAAAGAUCUGACCGUGGAACUACUUCCCCCAGAGCCUCACGAGACGAACAAUAUAGUUGAGGCGGAUUCUAAAGACGUGUCCGAGGAAGAACAGCGGCGAGAGGCGAGACGCUAUGGGCGAACCCUGCAGAUUGACAGCGAGAUCAAGCAGCUCCGCCUCCCCGGUACUCAGGUCAAGGGAUUCAAUUAUCUCCUCUGGAGCCCGAGGUACCUAUUCGAGAAACCAUUCCACUCUCGGCUUCCCCUUCUUGACUGCCUGAAGAGAAACAACGUCCAAAGCAAGGCUUACGUUGUUACCAUCCACGACCUUUCCGGGUGCGAGGACCAAUUUAAUUUAGCGACUUCGGGGUUCCACUUCUUGCGUUGUCCUAUCGAUAUGGAAGAUUGGACAGAUAAAUGUAUCCGCGACAAGUACCUACCGUCCAUGCAAGACUGGCUGCAAAAAUAUUUCAGCUGUGAGCAAGCGCAUGUGUACACCUACAACGUAAUUCUACAAUCAGUCAUUACCCACAGUUCCUUGACCGCUGACAUUGAGAUGCAGGUGCGCUCAAAAGAUGCGAAAGGCAACCUCACCACUUCAUGGGUACCAACAGUCCCGUUUGCCCACUGCGACGUGACCCCAAAUGCAAUCUCAACCCAUUUAAAGCUCUAUCUCCCGGAGAAAACAGAUGAAAUCAUGAAGAAACGCCAUCGAUUUGUGAACAUAUGGAGGACUCUCACUGGGCCAUAUCAGGAUACGCCGUUGGCCGUCUGCGACUACCGAAGUGUGGAUUCUAGUGACCUGGUCGCCUCGGAUGCAGUGCUCGCUCACUACUGUGGUGAAGCCUAUGACGUCAAACACAGUCCCCACCAUCGCUGGUUCUACAAACGAGGCAUGGACAUCGAGGAUGUGAUUUUAUUCAAACUGUUCGAUAGUGAUUCGUCAGAAGCCAAUCGGUAG